AUGUUGAGUGAUAAACCUGGCAAGCCAAGAAGACACAACCAUAAGAAACCUAAACGUCGUCGUCCGAUUGGCCGUGAGGUCAGGAAACUAUUAAGGAAACAGGCCUUGCUUGACCAGAAAAAGGUGUCGGAUCGGCCUCCUCGACCAAGGGUGGUAGUCCUCACACAUGAUGAGUAUAAGGCCAUGCGUGAUUCUCGUAAAUCUGAUACUCAGGAGAAGUUGUCGGAUCGUGUUACAAGUACCUCCUCCAUGCCUGAUCCGUCGCCAUCAAGAUUGGCCUCACAGAAAGAACUAGGCUCUAAAGCUUCGAUGCCAGUUUGCUCUGCCCGUACGGAAACUAUCCCAUAUGAUCAGUAUAAGGCCAUGCGUGACUCUGAUCAAGUUCAAAAAUGCGAUUCCUCCACUACAAAGCUUUAG